UUGCUUUGCUGCCUUGUCCCCUAUUGGAUCAGAAGCCUCUUUGCCACACAGGGUCAUUGGGUGGCAAAUGAAUAGGGGGAUUUGAUUAUUCAGAACGUCACCUCGUAUAUAUAUCAGAGAUUUGGGGGCUUGCAACUUUUCUCCUUUGACGUGGGGACAAGGAAAGCUGCCUCGCUCUUUAGAUCAGCCAGUGGACUAGGGCUUCAGCCUCUGCGCCUGCCAUGAAGAGGAACACCUUCAUCUUCACCACCGUUGGGCUAUGCUGUGCCAUCUUCGACACAUCAGCCUGGUCUGUGAACAACUUUCUCAUGACGGGACCCAAGGCCUAUCUGACGUAUUCCACUAGUGUCUCUGUGGGGGCGCACAGUGGGAUUGAAGAGUGCAAACACCAGUUUAACUGGGAGCGCUGGAACUGUCCAGAAAGUGCCCUUCAGCUCUCAACUCACAACAGACUCAGGAGCGCAACGAGAGAGACCUCUUUUGUCCAUGCCAUCAGCUCAGCUGGAGUAAUGUACACUCUCACCAGGAACUGCAGCAUGGGUGACUUUGAUAACUGUGGCUGUGAUGACUCCAGGAACGGGCGUGUAGGUGGACGAGGAUGGGUCUGGGGAGGCUGCAGCGAUAAUGUGGAAUUUGGAGAGAGAAUUUCCAAACUGUUUGUGGACGGUUUGGAAACGGGACAAGAUGCCAGAGCGCUGAUGAAUCUGCAUAACAACGAAGCAGGGAGACUUGCCGUAAAAGAAAUGAUGAAGAGGACUUGCAAGUGCCAUGGGGUAUCGGGCAGCUGCAGCAUCCAGACCUGUUGGCUCCAGCUCGCCGAGUUUCGAGAAAUCGGGAAUUAUCUGAAAAUCAAAUAUGACCAGGCCCAGAAGCUGGAGAUGGACAAGAGGAGGAUGAGAGCCGGGAACAGCGCUGACAGCCGCAGGACCACAGUGGAGACCUUCAGCAACGUGCUGACCACAGAGCUGGUCUUCCUGGAAGAUUCUCCCAACUACUGCAUGCGCAAUGCCAGCCUGGGCCUGCAUGGCACGGAGGGGCGGGAAUGCCUACAGGGCGGCAAGAACUUGUCUCAGUGGGAGCGGAGGAGCUGCAGACGGCUCUGCACCGAGUGUGGCCUCAGGAUAGAGGAGAGGAAGAUCGAGGUGGUCACCAACUGUCACUGCAAGUUUCGAUGGUGCUGCGUGGUGAACUGCCUGGACUGCAAGCAGACGGUCACCAAGUACUACUGCUCCGGGAGAAGGGCCAUGUCUAACAAAACCAGGCGGCGGAACAGGGGUCCCAAGAGAUAAGCAGCUCUGAGCCAGCGGACUCAGGACAUGGAGAUU